ACAUCUGACUCUGGUGUGCCCAGCAGCGGCAGGUCUGCACUGGGAAGGGGACCACGACUUCCUGAAGGCCGCGGCUGCCCAGGCUGGGCCUCUUUUGCCUAAGGCGUGUUGGUUUCCCCCUGCACCGGCCUUCCCAGCCUCAGUCUUCUGUGCAUACAGCAGGCGCCCAUGCAGUGCAGCGGAGCCCCAGCAAAAGCUUCAGCCCUGCCUUCCGUGCUGGGAGCAUGAGGCCCCAGCGUCUCUGAUGUGCCCCCAGCGCAGGGCCGCUGCUGGCCUGACCACGCUGUGUCCUGUCUCGGUCCUGCAGGCGGCUGGAGGACGAGCCUUCCCAGGAUGCACCAUCCGACUGGGCCCACUCUCUGCUCAUGGGCAGGCCGGAGCCACCUACCAGCGCCCAACUCCAGCCCGGGCGGCGGCCGGCAUCCAGCGACGACCGGCACGUCAUGUGCAAGCACGCCACUAUCUACCCCACGGAGCAGGAGCUCCUGGCCGUGCAGAGGGCCGUGUCCCACGCGGAGCGGGCCCUCAAGCUGGUGUCUGACACGCUGGCCGAGGAGGACCAGGGCGGCGGAGAGGAAGAGGGCGGCAAGCGCAGCAGCGUUGCCGGCCAGGCUCGGGUCCUGAAAGGCGUCAUGCGGGUAGGCAUCCUGGCGAAAGGCCUCCUCCUGCGCGGGGACAGGAACGUGCGCCUCGCUCUGCUCUGUUCCAAGAAGCCCACGCACAGCCUGCUGCGGAGGAUCGCCCAGCAGCUGCCCCGGCAGCUCCAGAUGGUGACCGAGGAUGAGUAUGAGGUCUACUCUGACCCUGAAGCCAACAUUGUCAUCUCCUCCUGCGAGGAGCCCAGGAUGCAGGUCACCGUAUCCGUCACCUCACCCCUGAUGCGGGAGGACCCCUCCACAGACCCAGGUGCGGCCCAGCCCUUCCUUCCAACCACCGUCCCCCGCACGCUUCCCGAGGGCGCUCCCCACACCCAGGCCUGGGGCAGUGUCCGCCUCUGCCCUGAGCAGGAAAUGCCACCGCAGCCACACUCCAGCACUGGUGUCCCCCCGAGGAUUCCAUGGGUCACACAAGAGCUGGGUCUCCGGGCAGCAGAGGAGGCGAGUCGGUGACAGCGUCAGAUGGGCUCAGAGCCUGGCUAUAGGGGCCAUGCUUGGGUGAGUGACACCGUGUCACCUCCCUUGCCCUGACCCAGGGCUGGCACCUGCUUCUCCGGCCCUGGUGACACCAGCCCCAGCGGCAGUGGACAGGUCUGAGCCAUUUCCCCCGGGUCACGGCAGAAGCUCAGUUUGACUCUGUCCAUCAGUCACGGCGGUCCCAGUACCACUGAUUAGGAACCUGGGGGCUUAAAGCCAGACUUACCAGGCCUGGGAGGGUGGGUGAGGGGCUGGGCCAGGCUGGGGGCAGCGAGGGUCUUGGCCGGCAGCCACAGCGGAGGCAGCCAUCAGUAACACACUGCACGUUUGUGCUCCUGAAGUCUCAGCCAGCUGUGGAAUCUUCCAGAACAGUCUCUAGGGCAGUUUUCCAAACUCCUAUCAUCUUUCACCCCCUUUAUAAUCUUUUUUGGUCAUAACUGAGGGCCAUGACCUACUGAGGUUUCUCUUUCCAUCGAUUUGGUAUUUUUUGUUGGUUUGUUUUUUGAAACAGAGUCUUGCUCUGUGGCCCAGGCUGGAGUGCAGUGGUGCG